CUAGGGCCAAGGAACUGGGAAUUUCAGGGACAUGGGGGAGGGAGAGGGAUGUCUCUCUACCCCCCCCCAACCCCCCAUGUCUGCGGUGAAGUCGAUCGAAUUAGUGCUGCCCGAGGAUGCAAUCUACCUGGCUGGCUCCAGCAUAAAAGGGCAGGUGAUCUUAACCCUGAACAGCACCCUGGUGGACCCCAUAGUGAAGGUGGAGCUUGUGGGAAGGGGUUACGUCGAGUGGAGUGAAGAAGCUGGGGCAUCCCGCGAUUAUAGCAGAAAUGUCAUUUGUAACAACAAGGCAGACUACGUGCAUAAGACAAAGACAUUCCCAGUGGAGGAUAAUUGGUUAAGUGCAGGCAGCCACACCUUUGACUUCCAUUUCAACUUACCUCCCAGGCUUCCUUCUACCUUCACCAGCAAAUUUGGCCAUGUCUUCUACUUCGUACAAGCUUCCUGCAUGGGCCGGGAACACAUUUUAGCCAAGAAGAGGAUGUACUUAUUGGUUCAAGGAACUUCCGCCUUCCACAAAGAAACCCCAUUCCAGAACCCCUUGUUCGUGGAGGCUGAGGAGAAAGUCUCCUACAACUGCUGCCGCCAGGGCACUGUCUGCUUGCAACUCCAGAUGGAAAAGAACACCUUCACGCCAGGAGAGAAAGUCGUCUUCACAACAGAGAUCAACAACCAGACUAGCAAAUGCAUCAAGACGGUCAUAUUCGCCCUGUACGCCCACGUACAGUACGAGGGCUUCACGCCAGGCGCGGAGCGGCGGUCUCGGCUGGACAGCAGCGAGCUUCUGAGGCAGGAGGCCAACACCCCCAUGACCCGCUUCAACACCACCAAGAUUGUCAGCACCUUCAACCUGCCGUUGCUGCUGUCCGUGAGCAGCAGCACACAGGACGGUGAGAUUAUGCACACUCGCUACGAGCUGGUCACCACCGUGCACCUGCCCUGGUCCCUGACCAGCCUCAAGGCCAAAGUUCCCAUCAUCAUCACCAGCGCCUCGGUGGACUCUGCCAUCUGCCAGCUGUCAGAGGACAGAGCGUUACCCGUGAACCCAGAUCACCAGAAUUAAGUGCCCAAACUUUUAAAUAUAAAAGUUUUAUGAGUCUCUA